AUGCGUGUCGGCCGUGGUCGUCCUCAUGUAUUGCUCUAUUCAGAUGUCUUGGAGCUGCUCUCCCGGUCUCAAGUCGACAAACACUAUGGAAACCCGUACAUCUCCCUCAUCCGGGAUCUGGCUGCGGCACCAGAAUCUCUCCUUCACCGGGCCAUGGUAGACCAUGAAAUGCACCAGACUGCAGACUCUAAUGCCGGUGUUUCUCGGGCGAAAUCAGUCCUCCAUGGCUACACGGUGGUGGUCAAGGACAACAUCAACACCCAAAAUCUCCCUACCACAUGUGCGUCGAAUAUGCUCCGUGGCUUCCAACCCCCUCGCAAAGCUUCUGUGAGCCUGUUGCUGGAACAGGCGGGUAUGGUGCUGCUGGCAAAGACCAAUAUGGAUGAAUUUGGCAUGGGCUCGCAUUCUCGAAAUUCUGCCUUUGGCCCCGUGACAAAUGGCGGCUCGAUCAAAGGGACGAAAGACCCAGAUGCUCUUUCGGUCGGUGGCAGCUCCGGCGGAAGCGCUUUAGCUGUCGCGGCUAACCUGGCACACAUUGGUAUUGGCACAGACACCGGAGGGUCUGUAAGACUGCCGGCGGCAUAUAUGAGCAUCUGCGGAUUCAAACCCUCAUAUGGGCGUAUAUCUCGAAAUGGGGUAAUACCAUAUGCCAAUUCACUCGAUACGGUUGGCAUUCUUUCUCGCACGGCAGAAGAAGCUAGGCACGUGUUGGAAAUUCUUGACCAACCCGACGACAAAGACCCAACCUGUCUUACCCUGGAUUCGCGCACACGUAUCAAAGCAGCCAGAUCAGAACAGGGGCUGUUGCCCGAGGAGAGCGUCUAUUUUGGUGGCGUUUUCAGACCAUUCCCAGGAACCGCCCCAAAGGUGGGCCAGGAGACAGCCAGAUUCUCUGUCCACCACAAGUCGAGAAGUUGGAAGCAGAGGAUUGGAGUUCCGCUGGAAUACAAUAUCGCAGAAAUGCAUCCCCUAGUUCGCUGGUCCUGGGUCGCCACUUUGAGUUUUCUGCAGUCCCAAGACUGUGAGAUACUUCCCAUAUCUUUACCAUCCACAAAGCAUGCUCUGUCAGCUUACUAUAUCCUUGCCCCUGCGGAAGCUUCAUCGAAUCUGGCAAAGUAUGACGGUGUCCGCUAUGGGGAGAAGCGAUCCGGCGAGACAGAUGACGACAGUGAUCAGCUCUACGCUAGGCAUCGUUACGAAAAAUUUGGUCCGGAAGUCAAACGACGCAUUCUCCUCGGCACUUAUAGCCUGAGUGCGGGAGCUAUGGACAACUAUUUUGUUCAAGCACAGAAGAUUCGGCGAAUGGUUCAAAACGACUUUGAUUCAGUCUUCAACAUGCGAAACCCUCUCCGCAGUGAUGCACCCCAAGUCGAAAAUGGCGUCGAUCUGAUUGUUUGCCCUACAGCCCCAACACCCCCACCACAUAUUGAUUUCUUGGAAUCGAGCACACCUAUCGAGUCAUACAUGAACGACGUGUUUACCGUACCUGCGAGCCUGGCAGGUCUGCCGGCCAUUUCGGUGCGGGGUCCAGAGCACCCUGAUCAUCCUUGGACACCUGAAUUGUCUGUCGGGAUGCAGGUAAUUGGACAGUAUGGCGAUGACAAGACGGUCUUGGAAUUUGCAGAGAACGUGCUAGAGCGUUUCCACGACAAAGCGAAAAGGAACAAUCUCCAGCCGAAGAAACGGAUGAAGUCUUAG